AAUCGUGUGCGCACCUCCUCACUUAUCCUGUACCUGCAACUCUCUUCUCAUUGGUUCUCUGUAUUCUCCCCAUCUUAUUAUUCCUAUUCUCCUUUCAUUUCCAACACUUUUCUGCAUCUCUACUCAUUAUUCAACAUCAAUCAAUCUCAAAUUCAAGGGCUCAAAAACCGUUAAUCGAUUAUUUUAGGGAUUCUACAGUGCAAUCAAUGGCUUCUUCAAUCCCUAGCGCUCCCUCCGCGUUGAAUUGCCAGCGCUACGUCGGUCUCAGAGCGCCGCCGAGGAGUUUCAAGUUCACUCUCCCUCAAGCCGCAACCAAUUCUCGAUCUCCGCGCCUUUUCGUCGUCAGAGCGAGCGAUUCGGAGUUCGAAGCCGCCGUUGUCGCCGGGAAUGUUCCGCCGGCGCCUCCCGUGCCGCCCAAACCGGCGGCUCCGGUUGGAACACCGGUGGUCCCUUCUCUUCCACUUCACCGGCGUCCACGUCGGAACCGGAAGUCGCCUGCGCUUCGAUCGGCUUUUCAGGAAACGAGUAUUUCGCCGGCGAAUUUUGUGUAUCCGCUUUUCAUUCACGAAGGUGAAGAGGAUACUCCAAUCGGGGCUAUGCCUGGAUGCUACAGGCUUGGGUGGAGGCAUGGACUUGUAGAAGAGGUCACAAAAGCACGAGAUGUUGGUGUUAAUAGUGUCGUGCUCUUCCCCAAAAUUCCAGAUGCUUUGAAGUCUCCCACAGGAGAUGAAGCAUACAAUGAAAAUGGUUUAGUACCUCGGACAAUACGUUUGCUCAAGGAUAAGUACCCAGAUCUUGUUAUCUAUACAGAUGUUGCAUUAGAUCCUUAUUCAUCAGAUGGGCAUGAUGGCAUAGUUAGAGAAGAUGGAGUUAUUAUGAAUGACGAGACUGUUCAUCAGCUAUGUAAACAAGCUGUAGCCCAGGCCCAAGCUGGAGCAGAUGUUGUCAGUCCUAGUGAUAUGAUGGAUGGUCGGGUAGGAGCAUUGCGGGCAGCUCUUGAUGCUGAAGGCUUUCAGCAUGUUUCUAUAAUGUCGUAUACAGCAAAGUAUGCAAGUUCUUUUUAUGGUCCAUUUAGGGAGGCACUAGACUCAAACCCCCGGUUUGGAGACAAGAAAACUUAUCAGAUGAACCCAGCUAAUUACAGAGAGGCUCUGACUGAGAUGCGGGAAGAUGAAUCUGAGGGAGCUGACAUUCUCCUGGUGAAGCCUGGUCUUCCUUAUUUGGAUAUCAUAAGGCUGCUCAGGGAUAAUUCUCCUUUGCCAAUUGCAGCUUACCAGGUUUCUGGUGAGUAUGCAAUGAUAAAAGCUGCUGGUGCCCUUAAAAUGAUAGAUGAAGAAAAAGUUAUGAUGGAGUCACUGAUGUGCCUCCGAAGGGCUGGUGCUGAUAUCAUCCUCACGUAUUCUGCUCUGCAAGCUGCCAGAUGUUUGUGUGGAGAGAAGAGAUGAGAUUUUCUAAUUAGAAAUGCAAGGCAUUGUGUAGAAGGUUGAAGAGCUUAUAAUAUACUAGUAUGUUAGGCUGGAUUUUUGUCGAUUGUAAAUUGUUUAAGGAUUUGGAGGUCUGUGUAUUAGACAGCAGGCAUAUUCAAUAAAAUAUUAUGGCGUCGCUUGAUUUAUAUGUUUAAGGACCUAAUAGAAAAAGACUUGGGCAGUUGUUUUUGUUGUUAUGGAAACUUUAUUUGUAGAAUGUAAACCCAUUGUAUGAAUCAAACUAUCAAAGUGUCCACUCACCUGCAAAAUACUUCGCACUGUAAUUCUGUUGGUGCGGAAAUCAAAUGUAUCCUGGGAAGUAAAUGUA